UCGCAUUCGAGGGUCCCAGAUCAAGUGAAACUGGCAAAAACAUCCGCCCCAACCGCGGUCGUGUCUGUGAUUAUAGAACCCAUCCAUCUAUCGAACCUAGAUUGUAGGCCGAGGCAGGGCAGGCGAAUAAAAUUUGAAAAUAAGCUCAAACCAAGUGUGCGCGAACUGCCAGUGAGUGCCAGUGACUGCCAGUGAGUGCCAGUGCUGCUGAUAAACAGGGUUUAUCAAGGCAACGGCAACCUGUUAGCAGGGAAAACAAAGGGAGUUACGUGUACAAUCAGUUAAGCUAUCAUGAAAUCCACCAUUUCGCUGCUGCUGGUUGUCAUCUGCACCGUGGUCCUGGCCGCUCAACAGAGCCAGGCGAAAAAGGGAUGCCAGGCCUACGGCCAUGUGUGCUAUGGGGGCCACGGCAAGCGCUCCCUGAACUCCGGCACAGGAGCCGGAGCGGGCGACUCUGCGGCUGAGCAGGAGUAUGUGCGUCCGAAUGGCCUGCUGCCCAUGCUGGCGCCAAACGAACAGGCGCAGGCCCUGCCCGAGGGCGAGUUUGAUGACUACCCCGCCCGUCAGGCGCUGUACAAAAUCAUGAAGUCAUGGUUUAACCGUCCACGCCGACCGUCCCCACGUCUGAGCGAGCUGGACUAUCCCCUGACCAACUCCGGAGAGUUGUUCAACCGCGAUGGGCCGAUGAAUGCGUUGAACUAAGAACCACUGACCACACGAACUGCAAGCACUACAAGCAUCAGCAUCAGUAACACCCGAUCCAAUGGAGUACAACACCAACACAAACUGCACCGACAGCAACUGCACCGACAGCAAAAGUAACCAAACCAUUAAGAAGAGCCACAACCAACACCUGCAACAUUAUGACAUUAGCAAUUACUAUGAGUGUUAUUUACAUACUUCCGCAAAAUGUAUAGAAUGUUUGAUAAAUGUCUACAAAUAGCGCAGCAAAUGUUUCUGCUUCAACUCUUAGAGCGCAUGAAAAAUAACUGAAAUUUUUAGGGGCUGGUAAGGAUUUCAGUGCACAAAAAAAUAUAGAGGAGUCGAGAGAUGAAUAAAACCGAUACAAUUCAA